GGUCAAUGAUGACGAGUUAGUAUUAGGGACUCAGUUGCGAAGAGAAUUGAUUGUCCGUCAAAUUUCAGUUAAAAGUACAAUAAUGUCGCUAUUACGAGGUGUUUUUAUAGUGUCGGCUAAAAGAACCCCCUUUGGAACAUAUGGUGGUGUUCUUAAAGACCACAGUGCUACAGAUUUGGCUGAGCAUGCUGCUAAAUCUGCCCUUGUUUCUGCUAAUGUUGCUCAAGAACUAGUUAACAGUGUCAUCAUGGGUAAUGUCAUGCAGAGCUCUGCAGAUGCUCCCUACAUUGCACGUCAUGUGGGUCUCCGGUGCAAUGUGCCAAUACAAGUUCCUGCUCUGACUGUGAACCGCCUUUGUGGAUCAGGGUUCCAGUCCAUCAUUAGCGGAGCUCAGGAGAUAUUCCUUAAAGAGUCAGAGAUUGUCCUCUGUGGAGGGUCAGAGAGCAUGAGCCAGGCCCCUUAUGCUGUGCGCAACAUUCGUUUUGGCACCAAGUUUGGCACUGAUUUGAAGCUUGAGGACACACUGUGGGCAGGACUCACAGACCUUCACAUAAAGACGCCUAUGGGAAUCACAGCAGAAAAUCUGGCAGAAAAAUACCAGAUUACUCGAGAGGAUAGUGACCAAUAUGCUCACCAGACACAGCAGAGAUGGAAAUAUGCUCAUGAAGCCAGCUACUUUAAUGCUGAAAUUGUACCUAUUGAUGUAAAGGGCAAAAAAGGGAAAAUAGUUAUGAGCCAAGAUGAACAUCCUCGUCCACAAACAACACUGGAGCAGAUGGCCAAGCUCCCACCUGUAUUCAAGAAAGGGGGCACAGUCACUGCUGCCAAUGCUUCAGGUGUGUCAGAUGGAGCUGCAGCUUUGGUUAUUGCUAGUGAGGAUGCUGUUAAAGAGCACAAACUGACUCCAUUGGCUAGGAUUGUAGCAUAUCACAUAUCAGGCUGUGACCCUACAAUUAUGGGUAUUGGUCCAGUACCUGCUAUAACAGAGGCUCUGAAGAAAGCAGGGCUCACAUUAAAUGACAUGGAUUUAGUAGAGGUGAAUGAAGCUUUUGCCUCCCAAUAUUUAGCAGUUGUUAAAGCUUUAGGACUGGAUUCAGAAAAGACUAACGUAAAUGGAGGAGCCAUUGCAAUCGGCCAUCCACUAGGAGCUUCUGGGGCCAGAAUCACUGUACAUUUGGUUCAUGAGCUCAGGCGGCGAGGUGGCAAAUAUGCAGUGGGAUCAGCCUGUAUUGGUGGUGGCCAGGGCAUUGCAUUAAUUCUGGAAAAUACCCAAUGAGAAAAAGAGAAACAUGCAUGUAAAAGCAAAAAGAAAUCUCCACAAUUGUGGUAAAAUUCUUCUGAAUAAUGUAACUUAACUUACUUUGUUAUUUUGAUUAUGACUAUAUGUCUAUAUCUACAUAAACCCAUAAUAUCAUAUUUAUUAAUGAUAUCAUUAAUAAAUAUGAUAUUAUGGGUUUAUGUAGAUAUAGACAAAAAAAUGUACACACAUAUUUCUCCAAGUUCAGGGACUUAGGUGGUAUUUGCAAAUAUUGAUAUAAUAUAAUAUUUAUAGAAUUUUGAGCAGACUUCAUUAAAGGUAUAAAAAAAUGCAUUCAUAACCUUUUGCAUGAUAAGUCAGUGUCUUAAGGCAAAUUCUGUACUAAAAUGUACAAAUAAAAAUUUAGUUAAACAUAUGUCCAAAUAUAUUUCACAAAGUUUUUCUACAAAUUUAAUAGCAGGGAUACAAAUGUUCUAUCUGAAGCAUGUGACUGUGUUUUGUAAACGAGUAUAGCAUCUCUUCCUACAUGAAAUGUAAGGUAGCCAUUAAGACCUUAAAAGAGCUUUAGAAGCAUUAAGUAUUUUCCUUUUAAUUUAAUUAGAUGACAAAUUUAUACUAACCAGUAGUAGUAAAGUGGCUGUUUUUUGUUUAGUGAAUCUCAUGUUAACUCACUCACUUCAGUCUGAUAUAUUUCUAACAUAAUCACUCCAAUGUGGGGCACAUGCUGUAAGUAAUGGGCUGAGACAACCCUGGAUUCAUGGUAAUAAAAGUGUUGUUUCUAAGUAUCUUUUGAGACUGUUCUCUCUAAAAUUGCACAAAUAAAGAAAACAUUGAGUAA